AUGGAGACUUCCACAGAGAACAAUGACACCGAUGUUUGCCCAGAAGGUGACCUUCCAGUUGACUUGCCAGCGCUCGCCAUCUCAGCAGAGGCAGAAGAAUUGGCAGAAUUGUUCGCAACAAUGUGGAACAAGGAUGCGCCCAAAGACAAGAUCCUGGAAAUGCUCAAGAAACAUCCAACCCAAGAGGUAGACGAGGACUAUGAGAAUCAGGACUUUAUAGAAACGAUGGAAUCUGUGGACAAGCAUAGAUCAAGGUAUCGUGAGAGGAGGAUGGAUCAAGUAAGAGCUGCUCGAGGAGCAAUUUCGCAAGCAGAUCGAGCUCGAGCCAUCUCGCGGCAGCUGGAAAGGUCUGUAGACGAUGUGGAUGACCAGUUCAAGGACGAUAACAUUCCUAUCGAAAAUCCGCUCGAAUUAGCCCUCGUCACGUUCAGAGAGACCUUGCCCGAGGCCGCCAGUCUUCUUCAAGCAGGCAAGGACGAUGCAGUGAUGACUGUACUCGACAAAUUGCCGAGUAUAAACCAGAAGAGAAUACUGCUCGGUAUGCUUGCUGCAACCAUCGUCCAAAUUUUCACUCUCUUCACAAACUUUCUGCUCCGCAACGACAACACUUCCACUGUGCACGGCCAUGACCUGCUUCAGAACCCUUCGACACGACACGGCCUAGCAGCCGCCAUCGCUUGGUUUGAUAUUAACUGGCUAGCUUUGAAGGACGAUCCCCGUGUAUGUGGGGGGCCAGAACACGGAUAUGGCGAAGUCUGCGACAAGGCCGACGAAAUUUUGAAGAAGAAGAUAGCAGAUGGGAAGGCAAAAGGCAAGCAGUACAUAACGAAAGAAACUGAUUACGAUUGCAUAUGCAGUAGAGCCAAGCCAGCUUUGUGGGUGAGUCUCGUACAAGCACGAGCAUUGCUCGCACUGGCAUUAGGGAGAGCGAGCCUUGCCGCCACAAAAGACACGUUCAUGGGCCAUUUGACAAGCGUCGAGCAGGACCAUGGCAGCAAGACUGAGCUCGAACUUGCUCGAAACCACCUUGACAAGGCCCGGGAUAUGCAGCGAUGGACAUACGUCAACCAGAAGAGGUGUGAAAGCAGUGUGAAAGACUUGAUCGAGGUUUGGAGAUUCGGUUCGUUUUUUCCAUUGCUGCAGGUUAUCGAGGAUGGUCUUUCUAUGUGGAAAAGUGACGAUCUGGAUGAAGCUCUUUGCCAACACCCAUCGGACCUGGCAGUUGCUGACUUACGAGGUUUCAAGCGAGAUGUUCUGAUUGGACCAAUCUAUACUGGUACCCGGAUGAGGAGACUGAUGAAGAAGAAAAGCACUAAGGCCAUAGAGCAGGAGAAGACUAAGCGAGACUUUCAAGGAGUCGAUAUGACGAUCGAGCUCAAGUACGGGGCCGCACUGUCACUGCUUCAUCAAGAUCUGUCGAGAGAUCAGUGUUCAGGUAUGCUCGGAAGUCCAGAAUAA